GUCCCAGCCGCCGCACUAAACCCGGCCCGUGCGGUGAUUGGACGCAGGCCCCGGGCCGCGGCGGAGGCGGGCGAUCCGAAAGAGGCUGGUGCUGGCUGCAUGGGGAGGCGGCGGCAGCGGGUGGACCCCGCGGCUGGGGCCCGGGCCGGGGCCCUGCCUGAGGCCAUCGCCGCGUUGAGUCGGUCGCUGCCCUCGGGACCCAGCCCCGAGAUCUUCCGCCGCGCCAAGUUCGACCGUCCGGAGGCGACCUCCGCGCUCUGGCAGCUCCUCUUCCGUGUGCUCUCGCCACUCCCUGCGGGCAACGCCUUGGCAUCGCUCGCCCUGGAGGUCCAAGCCCGCUUGGUGAAGUCAGCACUGUGUUCCCAGGGCUACCCGAGGCUGGCACUGGCACAACUACCUGAGGAUGGCUCGCAGGGCAGUCGGGAGCUGCUGCUGGCUCUGUCCUGGCUCUUGGCCCGAGGACCUGUGCCCGAGCAGAUGCUGGCCCAGGCCCGAGUGCCUCUGGGUGACGAGAUGACUGUGUGCCAGUGUGAGGCCCUGGCCAGCCCUGGCCCACCUGCACCCCACAUGGAAGCAGAAGGUCCUGUGGAUGUCCGCCACGUGCAGUGGCUGAUGGGAAAGCUGCGGUUCCGGUGGCGCCAGCUGGUGUCCAGUCAGCAGGAGCAGUGCGCCCUCCUGAGCAAGAUCCACCUGUACACACGCGGCUGCCACAGCGACCAGAGCCUUAGCCAUCUGUCUGUCACUGAAGCAGAGAUGCUCAGGGACCCAGAGGGAGGCCAGCAGGUUUCUGGAGCGGGAGCCGCCCAAAACCUGGAUACCGCCUACCCAAAGUGCCUACACUCCUUCGGCACUCCUGGGAUGGGUCCCAGAACCUUCUGGAAUGAUCUAUGGCUGGUAUGUGAGCAGCCAGGUCUGCUGCCGGGUGACUGGGCAGCGCCCUUGGAUCCUGGUGGGGCCUCAGCCUGCAGCCUGCUCUCCCCUUUUAGGGCGCUGCUGCGGACUCUGGAGCGUGAGAACCAGCGCCUGGAGGCUGUCCUGGCGUGGCGGCGCUCUGAGCUGGUCUUCUGGCGGUGGAUGGACACGGUCCUGGGCACCUGUGCCCCGGAGGUGCCUGCUGCAGCCUCACAGCCCACCUUCCUGCCCUGGGUCCCCGAGCGCGGGGGUGGCGAGUUGGACCUGGUAGUGCGGGAGCUGCAGGCACUGGAGGAGGAGCUGCGGGAGGCUGCGGAGCGCAGGCGGGUGGCCUGGGAGGCCAAGGCUGGAGGCUGUGGACGGGGGCCAGAGUGGAGUGCCGCGCGGCGGGCCUCUCGGGAGGCUGUGGAAAAGGAGCUGGGAGCUCUACAGCAGUGCUGGGAGCGAGACGGUGGCCCGGCCCAGCCCCAUGGGCCACACCGGCUGGUGAGACGAGAGGAUGGGGCAGCAGGGGACCGGGACCUGCGGGCAGCUGUGGUGAUCAGGACUCUGAGGAGCCAGGAGGCCUGCCUGGAGGCGGUGCUACGUCGACUACAGGGACAGUGUCGGCAGGAACUGGCCAGGCUGGUGGGAGCCCUGCCUGGUCUCAUCUGGAUCCCGCCACCUGGACGCUGAGGGCCUGUCGACGGGCCCUCGUGUGGGAAGCCUGCCCUGGCCCAGCCUGGCUGGGUCUUGGAGGAGCAGAUUCCAAGGCCAGGUGGCUGCAGGGACAAUGCAGAUGCAGAGCCCACGUCACAUGCUCGCUCCAGGGGUGGGGCUGGGCUGACUCUGGCCGGAUCCCAGGCCUGUGGCUAGCAGCACUGGGGACAGGAAUGGCAGGUCCCUUGAGGAGGUCGUGACAGCCUCAGCCUGGUGGUCUGGAGGGGACUCGGAAAUAAAUUGUAGCGGCUUUCCUGCCGCUGGCCCUCCCCCUGCCACCCUUUCGGGUUUCCCUGUUUGGGGGUGGGAGCGUGGAGGAGCCCCUGGGCAGUGGUGGCCAGUGUAGGGCUGGCCAGGUGCUGGAGGACAUGCAUACCCCAGCACUGGUGAGUGGCAGGACCAUGGGGAGGUGGCACAGGCCUCCCUGGAGCGGGAUUAUCUCGGCCCCGCCCCCCUUCAUUUGGGCUCCCGCUGUGGGCCCGGCCCUGGGCUGUGAGCACAGCUGCCCCCGCCUCCGGCCAUGGCUGUGCCUGGUGGGUGCGCCGGAUGGGAGCCCGGGGCUCUGCUCCUUCCCGGGAGGUGGUGCUCCGGGUGGGGAGGCACGGCAUGGACAGAGGGGCUUUGUUCCAGAGGCUGCUCAGCAAGCUCAGCUCAUCCCUGACAAAGAGCCAUCUGUGUCCGGGGGACGUGCCUCAGCCUGGCGGAAGGAGGCUCGGCCUCAUGGCACCCCCCCCGCCCCCCACCAGCAGGCACAGGUGGCCCUGAGGCCUCCAGCCUUGCCUGCCUUGCCGGGCUCCCCUCUCUUCUGGGGCUGUCGGACUCUGACCUGAGGUGGGCAGACGAUGGGGCUUGUGAGGCCACCUCCAGGCUCCUGCCGGCCCUGCCCCGAGGCCACGUCCAUUCCCCCUGCCAGAACAUGCUCUCACUGGGGCAUGUGCCUGAGUGACAGCGCACACCUGGGGCUCCAGCUCCAGUCUCAGCCUGUCUGGGCCUCCUUGGUCCCAGGGGUGGACACGCCUAGACCGCCUGCCUUCCCAUUCCGGUGCAUGGGCCCCAGGAGCACCUGCAAGACCUGGCCGUGGCCAGCAAGGCCUCCCUUUCAGGAGCACCUCUCUGACCCUCUCAUGCAGCUGGGCCUCCUGUGGGCCACCGGGCUUUGUGCAAAUGCUCCCUGGCCUGCGCCACCCUCUGGCCCCUCCGCCAGCUCCUCGUAAGGGCUCCUGCCACCUCCACCUGCUGGUUCCAGCUUUGUUCCAGGCCCUCAGACCUCAACCCUCCUCCACCUGCAGCCUCUGAAGGUCCCCCGUGCUCUCAGCAACCCUCGACUGCCGGACAGGGCUCUUCUUGGGCUGGGAGCAAGUCCACUUGAAGCCCUGCUUUUUAUAAACUGCCACAGAACCAGGACUCUCACAGGCCUGGGGGACUUGAUUUUUACGAGCACAAAAGCAGGCUUAUUGUCA